AUGACCGUCACCGCCCUCAUCCACGCCUAUCGCAAGCCGGGUCUCUCAGUUGAAGAUUUCAAGAAACACUACGAAGCGCAUGUUGAGCUUCUCAAACGCCUGACCGCUGAUGAUUUCCCGCUCUCGCAUAAACGAACAUAUGUUGCUCGCCACUCCUUUGAGACACCCCGCUAUGAGGCAUCCGCCCGCAAUGCCACAACCCCCGCAAUCUUACUUGCUGGCCAACAGGCAGAUUUCGACUUUGACGCCUAUGCAGAAUUAACAUUCGCAAAUCAAGUUUCCCUUGCGGCCUUUGCAGCGAAGACUCAGACUCCAGAGGCAGCGACCCAGAUUGCUGCAGAUGAGGAGAAGUUCCUUGAUCGCUCUAAGACUGGGAUUGUGAUGAUGGGGGAAGCGAUUGAAACGAAGAAGUGA